UUCAGUAAAUCUAGAACUAAAGCGUUAUAUAGAAUAGGUCCACAUAAUAAGGAGGUUUUAUCUAUUAUAAUAUGCGGUAUGCUUGCAGACCAAAUUAAGGGUCAAACAUCUCCAAGUGUAAGAUUUAGUAUUGAGCAAGGAAUAAAUAAUACUGCUUAUAUUCAUAGUCUUACCUUAUAUUUUUAUAAAUUAGGUUAUUGUUCUAAUAUCACUCCUCACUUUGUAAAGAAAUCUGAUAAAGACAGUGCAAAAGAGUUGGAAGAUAGGUUUAAUUACAGAUUAACUCUAUAUACUUUUACUUCAUUAUUGUGA